AUGGCUUUCCCGGCCACUACCACGAGCUAUCUAGCCCUGGGGCUAGUAGCAUUGAAUAGCAUUCCAGCGAUCAAGAGUAUAUUACAGCGCGUGCGUAAAGCCCACUACAACCCCAUUGAUCUCGCCAAAGAUGUCUACCGCGACGAGGACGGUGAGGCGACCGAGGAAUCCAUCCGCGCCUUUUCAGAUCAAUGGCAAAGAAGCGCUAUCGCCUUAUUCUCCAUAGCUGGACUGUUAGUAACGCUCGCACUCGCCGUGCUAGCAACUUUAAAAGUAGACGUGGACCAGACGCCAUUGAUCUGGCUGCAAUUUGCGGUGUGGAUCCUGCUCUCGGUCCAAGCCAUUGCCUUUUUUACAGAACCCCGACCAACAGCCCGGUAUGCACUCGGCGCUGUUGCGUUCAUCGGGAGUCUUAUCGCUUGCACGGUCCCCGCGGUCGAGUUGAGUACCGCCGUGUUUUCGGGGCUGAAGUCGCACCACACCCGGUCUUGGAUCUAUCUCCAGCUGGCACAGAUUGCUAGUGCUGUCCUUCGGGCUAUAUUUUGUAUUCUGCUUCCUCGUCGCCCGGAUGUUUACCAUGAGGACCAGCUGGUGGAGCAGGAACUUUCGGUUUCGCUGCUUGGUCGGUUCAGCUUUGCAUGGGCGGGUGGAUUGUUGAAGUAUGUGGUUAAGAACAAGGAUCUUGAAUUGCACGAUAUCCCGAAAUUGGCAAUUUCGCAGCGCGCUGCGUUUAGGAGGGAAAGGUUUGAGGGUGCGAAGAAGAAUCGCAAGUUGUGGGUAGCCAUUAUCUUUGCACAUGCCGGUCCGCUGGCUAUUCAGAUGAUCUUUACUAUGGCCACUUGUGUCUUGAGCUUUGGACCUCAAGUUGCGCUGUUUCAGAUUUUGAAGUCCCUCGAGUUGCGCGGCACGCCGUAUUGGAACCUCGAAGCUUGUUAUCUCUGGGUUCUGGCUCUGGGCGGAUCGAUGGUAUUGAGUUCGAGCGUUGAGGCCUGGAUGUACUGGAUUGCUAUCUCGCGAGUUGCAGUCCCGAUCAACACUGAGCUGUCAGCGCUUGUCUUCGCUAAAGCUAUGCGUCGGAAGGAUGUCAAGCAUACGACCAAAGAUGCAACUGAUUAUUCAAUCAACGGAUCUGCCUCGAAUGAGGACAAAGAUGAUCAAAAAGAUGAUCAAAAAGCUCUUAAAAAGGGCAGACAGGGUAUCGUCAACCAUGUAGCUGUCGAUACUCAACGUAUAUUGAAUUUCGCCGCUUCCAGCUACAACAUUCCCCAAGCGAUAUUUAAAAUCAUCAUUGGGGCCUGCUUCCUAGUUCAAAUCCUCGGCUGGCGAAGUGCCUUUGCAGGUCUCUCAGUGGCGGCCCUCGUGACGCCUUUGAAUUGGUACGCAGCUAAGAAGUAUUCCGAAUUCCAGGACCUGUUGAUGAAAGAGCGCGAUAAGAAACUGGACAUUGUUACAGAAGUACUUGAGGGAAUCCGACAAAUCAAAUUCUCGGCUCUGGAAGAAAGUUGGCAAAAGCGUGUCCAAGGAGUGCGAGAGGACGAGUUGAAGGCGCUGUGGGCGUGCUUGUUGGCUGACAUUUGGCUGCUUGCAAUCUGGGUUCUCGGCCCGAUCGGAUUGUCCGCGGUUUCCCUGGUCACCUAUGCCAGUAUCAAUGGUGGCCUAACGGCCUCAGUAGCCUUCACGGCUAUGGUGGUCUUUAAUACCCUGGAGGUUUCGCUCGCUGUUGUUCCUGAGGUGGUAUCUAUGGGGAUUGAGGCGAAAAACAGCGCCAAACGUAUAGAUCAGUUCCUGGCUACAUCUGACAGGACUGUCAAUACCGUCCCUGCGGACUACAUAGCCUUUGAAAAUGCCGAGGUUGCCUGGCCUGCGGAAGACACAACAGAUUCGAAUAACUCUGAAGAGCGCUUCAUUCUUCGCGAUGUGACUUUGAAAUUCCCACCCAAGAGUCUGAGUGUCAUUUCCGGCCGCACAGGAUCUGGAAAGAGUCUGCUUCUUUCGUCUAUUCUUGGCGAAUGCGAUGUCCUUGGUGGCACACUGAAGGUACCCGUUCCCCCAUCGAUUACGGAACGUUAUGAUCACCUCGCAACAAAGGAGAAUUGGAUCAUUGAUUCAGCGAUUGCCUACGUCGCGCAAAUCCCUUGGAUUGAAAACGAAACUAUCAAAAAGAACAUUCUCUUUGGACUUCCCGAUGACAAAGAGCGCUACAAGAAGGUCAUCUCCGCCUGCGCGCUGAAAAAGGACUUUGAGAUGUUUGAUGAUGGCGACCUAACCGACAUCGGUCCUAAGGGUAUCAAUCUGAGUGGUGGUCAACGCUGGCGUAUUUCCUUGGCCCGAGCAUUGUAUUCUCGAGCUGGAAUACUAAUCCUGGAUGAUAUUUUCAGUGCCCUGGACGCUCACACUGGUCGUCAUGUCUUUGAGCAUGCUCUUACUGGCGAUCUUGGAAAGGGCCGAACUCGUGUACUCGUCACUCACCACGUUGCGCUGUGUCUCCCUCGUACGGAUUACUCUGUGUUUUUGGAGAAUGGUCGUAUUAAGUAUGCUGGUACUGUUGAUGAUUUGAAGCAGUCACAUCAUCUAGAGGAUAUUCUUCGCGAAGACCAGGCCGAGGAAGAUGGAUUUUCUGUGGCGGAUGGUGAUGCUAAAGCGGCGGAAUCUAGACCUACGAAACAGUUCGUUGAAGAAGAGAAACGCAAGGACGGCGCUGUUGAACUUAAGGUGUACAAGGCUUAUUUGGAAAACGGCGGCUCGAAACCGUUCUGGAUUCUGAUUAUCUCAGUCUAUCUGGCGUAUAUAAGUCUCAUGAUCGCACGGGCUUGGUGGAUCAACGUCUGGACCGGAUCAACUUCCAACACCCAGGCUCACCAUGAGCAAUAUAACGUUCUAUUGCAACAUUCCAUGCAGCCAACUGUGUUGGUGCAACAAAAUGACGAUCUCAACAAGUACCUUGGUAUCUAUGUCGCCAUCUCCAUUUGUGCCUGUAUCAUUGGAACACUCCGAUACUACUUAAUUCUCUCCGCGUCCGUCCAGGCGUCGAGGAACCUCUUCAACAGGUUACUCCACGCCGUUAUCCACGCGCCACUGGCAUGGCUAGAUAAAGUUCCAGUUGGGCAAAUUCUGAACCGAUUCACAUCCGACAUUAGUUCGCUCGACUCCCGGAUCGGUUAUAACAUAGGUUUCUUCAUCGGCAGAAUUCUGGAUGUGUGCGCGAUUAUGAUCGCAGGAAUGCUCGUCGACUGGAAGGUGAUCUUGUUCGCUUUAGUCUUGCUUAGCGUAUGUAUGAGACUGGCUCUGUCCUACCUGCCCGGAGCCCGUCAAACGAAGCGUCUUCAGAGCACUGCAAAGAGUCCAAUAUUCGAACAGUUCGGAUCCAGUCUCGCUGGCCUGGUCACUAUUCGCGCUUUCAGUAGGAUGGAUACUUACAACGAGAUUAUGUGUGGCAAGAUCAAUCGCUUCACGCAAGUUUGGUGGGCCAACUGGUUGUUCAACCGCUGGCUUUCGUUCCGAAUGAGCAUCAUUGGUGCGAUCUUUGCGACCGUCGUCGCCGGCGUCGUGGUCUAUAUUCCGGGCAUUACUGCUUCCCUUGCAGGUUUCGCAUUGAGCUUUGCGCUGCAAUACAAUUCUGCGAUCACAGUCGCACUUCGCGUGUACUCUGCCCUCGAAUUAGAUAUGAACGCCACAGAGCGUAUCGUUGAAUACUCGGAAAUCACGACCGAAAAUCAAGGAGGAGAAGAUGCACCCGCUGCUUGGCCUACCGAAGGUCGUCUCGAAGUCCACGAUCUAGUUGUGGGCUACGGACCCAAUGUACCCGACAAAGACGGUAACCCACCUUUGUCCGUAUUGAACGGCCUCAGCUUUACAGUCGAGAGCAACCAGCGCGUCGGCGUCGUCGGACGCACAGGCGCAGGCAAAUCGUCCUUAACUCUCGCUCUCUUCCGUUUCCUAGAGGCACGCUCAGGUCACAUCAUGAUUGACAAUCUGGACAUUUCAAAAAUCAAGCUUUAUGAUCUUCGCAGCCGCCUCGCGAUCAUCCCCCAAGACCCAGUUCUAUUCUCUGGCACUGUGAGGGAAAAUCUCGACCCCUUCGACACAUAUAGCGAUGCAGAGCUCUACGAUGCACUGGCGCGCGUGAAUCUCAUCUCCGAUGCCGAAAACGACGAACUAACACUCACCUCGCGAACCGCAACACCCCGGGUCCCCAGCGAGACAGGCGCAUCAACGCCCACAAUCACGCAAAAGAACAAUUCCAACGCCUUCACCUCCCUCAAGACAGAAAUCUCCGAAGGCGGCCUCAAUAUUUCCCAAGGCCAGCGUCAGCUCGUCUGCCUCGCACGCGCCAUCAUCGCCCGCCCCAAGAUAAUGGUGUUGGACGAAGCUACCUCCGCCGUGGAUAUGGAGACCGACGCGCUGAUCCAGCAGUCUAUCCGUUCGGAGUUCGGUCGCAGUGCUACUACUUUGCUGGUUAUUGCACAUCGUCUUAGUACCAUUGCGGACUUUGAUCGCAUUCUUGUUAUGGAUGCAGGUCGUGCGGUGGAGUUUGGGUCGCCGAAGGAGCUUAUGGGGAUUGAAGGGGGUUACUUUAGGAAUCUGGUUGAGAGUAGUGGAGAGAGGGAGGUUGUGGAGAGGAUGAUUUUCGCGUGA